AUGUUGGAUCAAGCUAAGGCUGCCAAAGCUGCUCAGAAUUUGGCUGAGGAAAAGGCCAAAUUGGCCGAUGAUGAAGCCGAGGUCGCCAGAGCUGAUCUUGUGGUUGCCAAGGCCAAGGCAGCUAACAUAGAGGCUAAGCUUCAGGAGGCCCUUGACUCAAAGGAGGUCGAAGUCAAGGCGGCAGACGAAAAAGCUUUUGAAGAGGGGCAGGCUGCCAUCCGUAACCAAUACAAACAACAAGUCAACCUAGCUUGUAACCGAGGUUAUUACCUUGGUUGGACAGCGACGCUUGCUAAGGCUGCCAAAGCUGCUCAGAAUUUGGCUGAGGGAAAGGCCAAAUUGGUCGAUGAUGAAGCCGAGGUUGCCAGAGCUAAUCUUGUGGUUGCCAAGGCCAAGGCAGCUGACAUAGAGGCUAAGCUUCAGGAGGCCCUUGACUCAAAGGAGGUCGAAGUCAAGGCGGCAGACGAAAAAGCUUUUGAAGAGGGGCAGGCUGCCAUCCAUAACCAAUACAAACAACAAGUCAACAUGGCUUGUAACCGAGAGCCCAAGGACUCUAGCGAUGAAGCCGGCAAAGAUGAUACCGAGGAUGGUGAAGCUGAUGAAGUGGAAGAAGAGGGUGCCACUGAUGCCGAGUUUCCUACCCUCAAUGAGCAAAUAGACUUGACUUAA